GCGGAAGGGUAUCCAUCCGCCGGCACUACAUGCAGUUGUCAGGAUAAUGCAAAUUCUCCAUGCUGGAUGUUCACCAGAGUUGAUCACGCCCACUGUCACACCCCACCUGGGCCUGUCGCUGUGAAAAGUCAAUCAGUUCCUCCUUGCUGAGUGACCAACUUCUCCCCAGAGGUGCAGGUGAAUCCGUUCAUAGGUUUUGGAGAUAUUCCGCUCACAAACAACCGGACAAACGGAGCCGGCAGUAUCUUAACCCCGUCCUGUUGGUGAUAAUCGGUCCAAGCUCUACAAAGAAACGUCUUGCUCCUCGUCUGGCUUUUGGUGUGAUCAUCAUGCUGACGUGUGUCUGCUUUUGUCAUCCUGAGAAUUAACUUUUCUCCGUGAUGCUUUAAAAGGCAGCCUAUACUUUGUGCGCAUUUGGAGAGCAGAUUUGGAUACUUGUCGCCAUGGGAAGAAGACUCAGACGCGUAGCUGGAUAUGACGAGGACUUCACCUUUGUCAGCCCGAUUGUCAAGUACCUGCUGUUUAUAUUUAACUUUAUAUUUUGGAUCAUCGCCCUGGUGAUGGUGUCGAUAGGCGUGUAUGCCCGCGUAAUGAAACAUGCAGAGGCUGCCUUGGCUUGUGUAACCGUGGACCCCGCCAUUCUGCUGAUGAUCGUGGGGGUCCUCAUGUUCUUCCUCACCUUCUGUGGCUGUGUGGGCUCGCUGCGGGAAAACAUCUGCCUCCUGCAGACAUUCUGUAUCUGUCUGACGGUGAUCUUCAUACUCCAGCUGGUUGCUGGGAUCCUGGGUUUCAUCUUCUCAGAUAAGGCUCAGAAUAAAGUGACUGAGAUCAUCAGCAAUGCCAUUGUCCAUUACAGAGAUGAUAUUGAUCUACAAAAUCUUAUUGACUAUGGACAGAGAGAGUUCAGCUGCUGUGGUGGUGUGACCUACACUGACUGGUCCCAGAACAUGUACUUCAACUGCACCAAGGAGAAUCCCAGCAAUGAGCGCUGCUCUGUUCCCUACUCCUGCUGCCUCAUAUCCAAAGAAGAGGCAGUUAUCAACACCAUGUGUGGCCACAACAUACAGCAAGAGACCUACCCCAAUGCUGGAAAGGUCAUCCACACCAAUGGCUGCAUAGACAAACUGGUGAACUGGAUCCACAGCAACCUGUUCAUGCUGGGAGGCAUCGCUUUAGGGCUGGCCAUACCACAGCUGGUUGGGAUCCUGCUGUCUCAGAUUCUGAUCAACCAGAUUAAAGACCAGAUCGAGCUCCAGAACUACAACAUCCAGCACCGCUCUGACCCGUGGCGCUGACUCAGGCCAGAUCAAACCAGAUUCAGAUGGACUGAAACAGAAGUCCGGUGUGACCGUCGUCUCUGAAUAAAAGAGUUGAGUCAUUUGUGCCAGGUGUCGUCUACCAUUCUUUCUGAGGACAGCGUUCACUCUACAUUUCAGCUGCAUGUGAAGACAUUGGAGUAGUCUUAUGAGAACACAACCAGACCAACAAUGUACUUUUAAGGUGGGAUUGUGCAUAUACAGAGGAUACAGCCGGAGAAGUCUGAAACAGUCUGCUUUCAAGACUCUAUCAGCCCCUAUUGGACAAAGACCAGCAUUACAUUUAGCAAGAGGCCUUUUUUUUAUCCUUUUUCAGACCCAAUCCUGCUGAAGAAGUUUGUGCAUGUUCAAGAUCUUACUGAUCUGUAAACAGAGACUACAGUAAGUAUUAUCUACAGCAACUCAGUUUUUUUGUUUGUUUUUUUAACAUUCCUUUCUCACUCAGAGAUGCAAAACCAGAGAGCAGCCUCAUGCAUGUCCAUGCCCUUUGAUUCGACUGCAUCCAAACUGCAGAGGGCACUAACCAACCAACAAGAAGUUUUGUAGGUGCUUUUCAGCAAAAUGAAAUAAAAUGAUGUCAGGCAGUGUGACAUACUCAUUUGCAGUAAUGCUGCUUCAUGGCUGCUAAUAGGUGUGUGAAAUAUUUGUGACAGUUACUGGAAUUUGUUUCAGACGUGUUUUCACAAAAAGGGUUUCCCUUAUAAUGUCCAUUCUUCCCACAUGCUAAACUAUUUGCUUUUUUACUGUAUAGUUGAAAUGCUUAUUCUGCUUGAUACAUUUCUGAGAUACAGAAUAUCUUCUGAAUUGUGGAGUAUUUCACUUAUGCCUCUUGUUAUAUAGUUUUCUAUGUUUUCAUUGGUCCAUACAUUAAAAUAAAUAUUUACCUCUACGUCCCAGAAAUGCCCUGUAUCCCUGUUACAAAGAAAAAAAUGCUGGCUACACAAUAAACACUUUUACAUAAUGAUUUCAGUGUGUUUGGUUUGACAAGAACUGUAACGCCAAUGUUUACUCUGGUGGUCUAACUCUCCAUAACAUGGCCAUGUUGAGCUGUUGUGCUGCCGAGACCUCACACUGCUCGUGAUGUCAUUUCCUCCCAACAUCUCUGCCAGCUGACAGCCCGACUGCAGAGCCACACAGUUUUU